UCAGCCCAGCUACAUUGCAAGAUACAGAGCAAUCUGCCCAUCUCUUUAAUCAUGGCUUCCACUGGCUUUGACCCCUACUUUCCCUCUACUUACAAGAGGAGAGUAGUUGUGCGCAGUGCAGGAUAUGGAGCUGGUGGCGGAAUAGGAUCUAGGUCUGCCUAUUCUAGUCAUUCGGCCCCGAUAUCUUCCUAUUCCUCCUCACGCAGGGCUUAUCCUGCACAGACUCGAGCUACCUCCACCUACUCAUCCGUGCUUUCUGCUCCAGUGUCUGCAGCUGCUGCUGAGCUACGUCUUGACCAAGCUGCCCAGGUCAGCUCCGAGUUCAAAGUAUUAAGGACCCAGGAGAAGGCUGAGCUGCAGGACCUGAACGACCGCUUUGCAAGCUUCAUCGAGCGGGUCCAUGAACUGGAGCAGCAGAACAAGUUGCUGGAGACCGAACUGUUGCUGCUCAGGCAAAGGCAGGCAGAGCCUUCCAACCUUCAUGCCCUCUAUGAGAACGAGAUCCGCCAGCUUCGAGCUGCCGUAGAAGAGGCCCGUCACGAGAAGGAUGCCGCUCAAGACCACAGGGAUCGAAUGGAUGAUGUGCUGAGCAACCUGCAAAAACGCUAUGAGGACGAAGUGCUCGGCAGGGAGGAGGCAGAGGGAAGCCUGUUGGAUGCCAGGAAGGGUGCCGAUGAAGCAGCCUUGGGCCAGGCUGAACUUGAGAAAAGGGUUGAAUCGCUGCUUAAAGAGCUGGCCUUCCUGAAGCGCCUCUGCGAGAGUGAAAUUGCAGAGUUGCAGACGCAGAUCCAGUACAGCGCAGAGGUGUCCGUAGAGAUGGAGGUUGCCAAACCUGACCUGUCCGUGGCUCUUCGAGAAAUUCGGUCACAGUAUGAAAAGCUGGCGCAACGCAACCUUCAGUCAGCGGAAGAAUGGUUCUGCAACAAGAUGAACGUGAUGACAGUAGGGGCUGCUCUCAACACAGAGAGUGCAAGAAAUGUCAAAGACGAGGCUGGAGAAUACCGCCGGCUCCUCAAAGCCAAGACGUUGGAGAUCGAUGCCUGCAGGGGCGUGAACCAGGCUCUAGAGAAUCAGCUCCAGGAGGUGGAGGAGAAACAAAGUGCUGAGAUCUCUGCGCUGCAGGAUACAAUCGGUCAACUGGAGGAAGAGCUAAGGGCCAACAAGAGUGACAUGGCUCGCUACUUAAAAGAUUAUCAGGACCUCUUGAAUGUCAAGAUGGCCUUGGAUAUUGAAAUUGCAGCCUACAGAAAGCUCCUUGAAGGCGAAGAGAGCCGUUUGAGUGUGGCAGGCCCAGGUUCUGCCUCCAUUUAUUCCCAGGCCAUGUACGCUGCUCCAUCCUACGGACGAACACAUGUCUCCCUGCAGUCUGCAGCUCCGUUUCUGCUGAGCUCUCGCUUGUAUACUUCAUCACUCGCCACAGAGGAGGCGAUUUCUGCAAGCCAGGCACAACAAGCGGAGGCUAGUCCUCCCGAGGAGGAAGAGGAAGAGCAGGUGGAGGAGGAGGAGAAAGAGGAAGAGGAGCAGGAGCAGGAAGAAGAGGAGGAGGGAGAGGGAGAAGAGGGUCAGGAAGAUGAGGAGGCGGUGGAAGACAUAGAAGAGGGAAAGCAAGAAGAGGGAGAGGAAGAAGCAGAUGGUGAAGGAGAGGGUGAAGCAGAUGAAGAAGCCGGAGAAAAAGAAGAGGAAGAGGAGGGAGGAGAUGAUGAGCAACCUCAAGAAGGGGGAGACAGUGAGCUGGAAAAAGAAGAAGGUGAUGGAGAGGGUGAGAAGGGGGAGGAUGAAGAACCCGGGAAAGAAGAGGAGGUGGAGGCCGAAGUGAAAACAUCUGACAAAAAAGUUUAAAUGUAAAUGCUUUAGAAAUACCUGCUAGCUUGUUGCUGAAGGCUCUCCGGUGCUCUAUACACAGAGACGUUUGUCUCCCUCAAACCAAAUGAGAAUCCUGUGAAAUGAAAAGUCCCGGUGACAUUACCCCUGUAUCAACCCGAGCGAUUCAUAGCAUGCGCACGGGUGUGCGCCGCACCCGCGAGGAAAUUAAAAGCUAUUCGAAUGAUGGGAGACAGCCUGCGUCGGGAAUAGAAAGAGAAUUUGUCAGGAUUUAUUUGCAAACACCUGUGUGCUUUACCUCCGCCGCGACAUGCCCUCGUGACGUCUGUACGUGCAGUACCCAGUUUGAAAUGCCUUACAUCACGUUCUCACUGAGUGUUUUAAGUCCACGAUGCGCUGCAGUGAACCUCAAUAAAGUCUUGAAGCCUUGUCAACCUA